GUUUCAAAUCUCCCACUUUUUUUUCUUCACUUGCUCAUCAAAAAUGAGCAGCGAGAGGCGGAAGGACAAUCCGCUGCGCUUCGCUCUUAUUUUACAUUUGUUAGCGGUUUUAGUUCAAGGUGAUAUUCAACCCCGUUUCUCAUGCUAUAAUCACUAUUUGGCGGGAAUCCGAACAAGUUCUGUACUUCCUAUAUCCGGUCACUCGUCAGCCCCGUCAAAUGUCAAGUGUAUAUUCGAGAAUGACGUGGCAUUCACAGAAAUCCACUCGGCACUCGAAAAUUCGUAUCAAGUGAUGGGAAAGAAAUCUGUCAAUUUUCAAGUUCUCGAUUUAUUCCACCUUCGGGAGCUUGUUAGGAGGUCUCAUUGCACGCAGACUCUCACUGUAACCUGGAAAAAUGUCCCAGAAGCUGGAAAAGGAGGCCUUAAAGUUGUUUCACUGCUCAAUGAGACUACAAGGAUCGAGUAUAGCGGAGAUGAACGUCAAGACUUUCUAUUCGACGAAACAUUCGCAGGAGUUCGUCACUUGAUUCCUGAUGAAGAUGACAACGAAUCCAAUCCGACAGUAACUACAACUCGACUUUUAUGCAAACACAUCCCUCAACCCGAAUGCCUUGUUCGCGGCAAAUUCGAAGUUGAUUUGGAGGCGAAUUUGGAGUGGAGCUAUGCGUUUUCUUUCAAGACUGACAUCACAAAUCAGACACUUUUCACACUUCGAUGCGGUGAUACUACUUCAGAAGUUCGACUUGAGAACGACUUUUUCAUUCGAGCAGAUGGGAAUGCUCCUGUUGCAGUUACACAUUUAUCAGAUGCCACAUGGCAUACUGCAAUUGUGAAGCAUAACCAACCGGAUAGUCAUUUCUUGAAAAUUGAUGAUUUUCCGGAGAUUGAACUGGGUAAAUCGAUUAGUGAUGAUACCGAUAAAACAAUUACACUGAGUAUCUCAGUUAACGGAAACAUCCAACUUAUCGAUCCAACAGACACCAAUGACGAUUGUAUGUACAGUUUUGACAAACCACAGAAAAGACUGCAGGAAACCGUGAGCACACGAACCAUGUGUGUUGGAUGUGGAUGCCCAAAGCUGAGUGGAACAUUCGAUGGACUUAGUAAAUGUGAUGAGGAAGAUGAAAAUUCGUAUAACUUGCGACGUGAUGUAGAUCGAUUAUCAUUCAUUCAUAUCGAUAAUGCAUUUGAUAUUGAUUCAAAUGGUGCUGCAAUUCCAGCAAUCUCCACAAGUUUCAAAUCAGAUUCCGACGUUGGUCUGAUCUUUUUCGGUUAUUGGCAGAAUUUCCAUGGAAAGGGUAGACUUCAAGUUUAUUAUCACUAUGAUACUAUAUCAGCAGUUUUUUGUAAACAUACUGACGAUGAGGAGUGCUCGAGCUGUUCGAUUAGAAGUUCUGAAGGUUUUGGAAAGGAUCAAUGGAUCCAGACGAUUCUCUGGGGUGGUGGAGAUGAGAUUCAUUUGGCUGUGGAUUCAUCUGUAUGCCGUCUCCAGCAGUUGUCGAAUAUAAGCCUUGCGGAAGUUUACGCGAUUCCCCAGAUUUCCGGUGGUGCUGGACUUUUUAUCGGUGGAACCUGGCACGAAAAGAAACGACGAGGAUUGUACAAAGCCGACGCUGAGCAGAAAUAUUUCGAGAAUACUAGAGAGAAAGCUCCAGUGCUCCGAGGAUGCAUCAAGGAUGUGUUCGUUCGAGGCAGCAAAACGGAUGUUUCCGAGAUGUUUGAAGUUCAGAAGCAGGCGAUGCUCAAUGAGCCAGAUGAUUCGAAUGCGUUUGCGGUUCGAAAGUACUGCCAGAGUUGUAUUCCCGCGUGUUCGGAAGGUACAAGGUGUAGAUCAAGAGCUCCGCUGCAGGACUCUGCAAUGAUUUGUGAUUGUGCAGAUGAGCUGCAGUUUAACACAUCAGAGGGGACUUGUAAUAGGGAGAGAGACACACCAGUUGCCCUCUCCACAGCAUUCCUGUCAGAAAAUCAAAUUGUUCUUGAUAUCCAGAAUACCAAAGCAAUUUUGAGCAAAGUUUGGUUGAAAUUUGCUCUUCCCAAACAAAUCAACCAAGCGCAAAGGAUUGUGGAAUUUAAUUCUCAUCGGGAAACUUUAUUCAACAUCAACCUGGAGACUGAUGGAACGGUUAAUGUGCAACUUCACGGACAGGAUACAGCUUCUCGCCAGCUAAACCUUCUCGAUGACCGUGUCCACUUGCUUCAACUCCAACGGCGUACUCCAAUGGGAACUCGGCAUUCCGCAAAGAAAUACGAUUUAUAUAUUGAUGGAUUCCAUACUGUUGUGUCAGAUAUUGGAAAGCUGGUAUUAAACAAUGUUUCAGUGACAGCAGCGGAGACAGAAGACGAGUGGAGCUCAGUUAUUGUGCAUGACCUUGGAUUAUCCUAUGAAUAUGACGAGCACUUCGCGAUCAGUCAUCCGUCAAAUGUGAUUCAUCAAGUUGAUCUUCACUCCCAGCUUCUUCCAUAUCAAAUCCGGGCUCCAGAUCUAUCGAAAACUGGAAUUCUCGAUGAUUCUCUUUGGGAAAAACCUGCCUACGUCACCGAUUCUGAAGCGGCGCCGGUUUUGGAAUCAUCGCCGCACGGGGAAGUUGUCGAUUUCACCGCCGAUAUUAUUGAGCCGGAGCAAUUGUUAUCUGGACGAUGGAUUCUGUAUUCCCUCUUCCUAACCAUCCUCCUAUGCCUCUUCAUCCUAAUGUGUAUCGUAUGUUACUGGUGUGUGCUGCGACCACGUGCUAUGCGUCGUACCGACACUGGAUCCCAACGAACAAUCAUUCGUGACAGUCCAGACUAUGCUCCUGUCAAAAUGCGAAGAGACAGUAUCGGUGGAAUAUCGAUUGAUGACGAUGGAUCCAUUGGGACGGAUGAUACAGAUUUACAGGCGUAUCGAGAUAUUCCAUCACAUAGAGUCAAGAUUUAUCGGGAAUCUAUGGUGUCAAUCCUAGUCCCCUCAAUUGAUCAACCAGCAGAAGCGGCAAUUGUGAAAAGAUCCCACUCAACAAUAUCUGAUCAGACACCGUCAAGACCUCAUGACACGUCACAUGCUCCUCUAGUUGCGGUGAAUGAUGAUUAGGCUCCGUAGAUCUGGGUCCCGCGAAUUCAUAUUUCCCUGUGGCCUCUGAGACCUCUUCGCCUCCUUGUUUUUUUUCUAAUUGAUCCUCAAAAAAAGUUGUUACGGACCGGUUGUACUCCCCCCUAUCUUCACCCCGGAUACAUUUCUUUCACGUGCCCUAGGAAGAUUUCUAGGCCACGUGGUGCCAAAAUAUCUCAUUUUAUUCUCAGUGUGUGCCAAAAUGCUUUCCUUUUCUAGCUCCGUUUGCCUUAAUUCCAGCCCCCCUUCUACCAAAUUGUUUCUAUUCAAAAUGUUUUAAGAGUUCCGCUACGGGUUUUUUGAUUGUUAUAUGUUAUACUGCAAAAUUCUUUCCUUCACAUAAUAAAUUGAUUUUU